UAAGGAGAUGGGGAGGGGUUUUCCAUGGGCUUGGGACCGGUUGCCUAACGAGAGGCUGGACUUGAAUGAGAGCCAGGUGCAAGGCGACAUUAACUGACUGCCCAGGUGCAGGGCCGGACAGAGAGAGAAGAGAACGAAGGGGCGGGCUGUCAUCCUGUGGAGGUGGAAGGAAGCCGGCCGAGAUGGCUGGGAAAGAUUCUGAGCUGGAGAAAGGCCUCCAUGCCAUCGUGGACACCUUCCACAAAUACACCAAGGGCCCGCCUGGAGCCAAGGUGCUGGACCAUGCGGCUUUCCAGAAAUUGCUCAGCAACGAGCUGAGCCAUCAGCUCAAGGAAGCCCAGAGCACAGAGGCAGGGAAGGACCUGUUGAAGAAGUUGGAUACAGACAAAAACCAGCUCAUCUCCUUCGAGGAAUACUGGGAGCUGGUCACCUUAAUCUGCCAAGCCAUCGAGCGUUACAAUUACAGCAAAUAGAGACCGUUGAGCGGAAGCCAGUGGGGAAACCGAGGCCAUGUGGGGAUGUCCUGCUCCGUAUUGCAACAUAUGACAGAUUCCAGGCCAAAUUCCCUGCCGGUGGCGAACGACCCUUGAUUCAACGGCGUUCGAGCCACUUGGCCCUGACUUCCUAGGAAGAGACGUUCCCACUUCUGUAUCUCAGAUACAGGUCAAGAGUGCACAGAGGCAGCCCUCCCUGGGCUAGAUCCCCAGCCGGUGUCAAUCGGACCUCGCUCCGUUGGGGCCCAUGGAGCCAGAGCCCCAAAUGGUGCAAGUCAGCGCUGGAUUCAACUGGGCUCCACCCGUCUGGCACCUUUGCCUUCCAGCCCAGCUCAUCUUCAGCUUUCACUGCCAAGAGAUGGCGGGAGACCCGUUUCCCCCUGGGAACCUCGCAACUCACUCAGAGGGCCGAGUCAGCGGUCUGCAACGGCUCAUCCGUAAGGCUACGGUUUCGUCAGGGAUAUUUUUAGGAAAAGUCAGGGACAGGUCACGGGCCGUAAACAAAAAUUCACGGAAGCUGUGAGCUGUCCCUGACUUUUACUAAAAACAUCCCUGACAAAAUGGGGAGGGAGGUGGGGCCAGCACCCUGCCCCGUUGCAUGCAACAGCUGGGAGCUGCGGCCCCCGCCCUCCCUGCCCAGUGGCUGGGAGCUGGGGAGGGGCCACCGGUGGAGGUGGGAGGGGUCCCCCACCUCCAACAGCAACUGGGAACUGCAGGGUCCCCCUCUUCCUGCAGGGGCUGGGAGCUGGAGGGUCCCCCACCUCCCACGGUAAGUAGGAGCUGGUGGGGGGGGGUCGCCAUCCGCAGCAGCUGAGCAGCUGCCAGGGUCCUCCUGCUGCCCGCGGGACUGGGAGGGUCCCCCACUUCCUGCAGGGGCUGGGCAGCUUGGGGGGCCCCCAUGUCACAGAGGUCUCUGGAAGUCACGGAUCCGUAGCCUUACUCAGCUGACAUGCUCAGCUGGUCCGAGGCCAGAGAAAUCAAUUUCUCCCCCAGGGAAGGAGAGAAGAUGCAUAAUCCUAUAUGGGAUUUGAACCUAUAAAAUCAGGAAUCCAGAGUCUGAUGUGUACAUCCAGAAUGACCCCUCCAGAGUCAAUGGAAUCAGGGCUGGAGUCUGACCUCAGCGACCCCAGUGUAAACCCAGAGCGACUCCACUUCAGCCAGCAGCAUGUACUUUCGAAGUAUGCUAGUGUAAAGCGAAGUAAGUCCAGCAGUUUCACUAGAUUUACAUUUUGUAAACCCAGAGUAAGAGAGGUUGACUCAGCUGAAUUACUCCAGGUUCCCACCAGCGUAACGGAGUAAUAAACUGAUGGAUUUAGUUCACUGCAUUAUAGGGAUGUAAUUGAGGAAUAACUCCAGAAAGGCCAGCAGGGUUACUCCAGGUUUACACUGGGGUGCAAUUGAGGAGCCAGCCCAGGAACCACAUCGGAUUCAUGUUGGUGUGACUGCAAAAUAACUCUGCUGACUGCGCCGGUAUUCUACUGGUACAAAUCCAGAGUAACUCCAGUUAGUCCAGUGGAAUUAUUCCAGGUAUGCUCACGUAUCUGAGGAGUAAAUCCAUGAACUUCAAUGGAUUUACCUUGGUGUAAAGGGAGUAACUCCCACUGCCUUUGCCUCUAGGUUGCGGGUUCGAAUCCCAUGGCUGUUGGCUUGGCUAAAACAAGGUAGUGGGAUCUUGGCUUGCUCUAGGGAAGGGGCCCUGAAGCCAUCAUCACUGAUCCUGCUGUUAACUAGCCCCCUGUCAUUGGUGGAUAAGCCAAGACUACCCGGGCCUCAGGAACUGAAUAGAGAAGAAUCCGUCCAGUUGUAGGACUCGGGCACAUCCGCAGAGGGCGACGUGGGGCAACUUGGCCUUGGCACCAAGAUGGCUCCGAUCAGGCCCCAGGAUCGGGGGACUGACUGGCCCAGGGCGAUGGGGCCUCUCCCCUCUCAGGGCGUCAGAGCUCCAGGUCCCACAUGGAGAGGGGCUCGCUGGACUGGGUGCUCAGGAAGGGAACUAUCUCCUCCGCGAAGGAGUCCUGGAAGGUGUGGAGAUGGCUCAAGCUGGAGCUGUUGUAGAAGGACAACUGGCCGCCUUCGAAGUCCAGAUACACCCCCACCUUCUCCAGCCUCCCGCAGACGGACAGGGCGAGGCGGGGGUCCGUCAGAGCCCGGUACUGCCCCCCUCGCCGCUCGAUGGCCCACACCCCUUCCCUGGCCCGGAAGCGGAUGCGCCUCUUGCGUUUCACGGACCUCCGGGCGGCACCCACCACCCAGUCGGGGCUGUCACCCACCCGCACCUCCCAGUAGAGCCG